AUGGAAAACUCCAAGGCAAACGAACAAAUGCAAAAGGCGUUGAGCGGAGGAGACGCAAAAAAUGAAACGGAAGAAAAACGAGUGAGCUAUUUGGAAAAAUGUUUGGCUAUUAAUGAGCAAACAUCGGAUAAAGGCUCCACUGAUUCACAUGAUGCCUUGCUGGAAGAUGACAGAAUGAAGGGGUCUCUUGCUCAGGUUGAUUUGUCUGACUCGAGUGGCAAGUACCUAUCCUUCGGCACGAUGUUUCAUGACAAGGGCACGUGCAACCCAUGCAGAUACGAAUGGACACGCGGGUGCCACCUGGGGGAACACUGCAGGUUUUGUCACCACCCCUCCCAUGUUAGCCCCACUACUAAGCGCGUCAUUCCGAAUCCACAGGAUUUAAAGAAAACAAAAGUCACGCCUGAGAACAUCUUGUCGUCGUGGAAAUGUAAAGGCAACCCCUGGAACAGGAAGUCACCAAAAAAUGGCGUGUCCCCAACCCAUCAGUGCAACGACCAGGGACAAAUGAAGUUGGAAGAAAAAACGAGUCCGAAGAACCUCCUAUCCAAUUCUGAUGUGCUGAGCAACGGUUGUUCGAAUGAAGAUCCUGCACAAACUGAACCACACCGUCAUGGCGAGGGGAGUGACAGAGUUGUAAGCGACAGCGCUGUAGGUGUUGAAGCAGUAGGUGACAUCGCCGUACAUGAUAAAGGUGUAAAUGAUAGCGCCGUACAUGACAACGCCGUAGAUGAUAAAGGUGUAAAUGACAAGGCUGCAGAUGAGGAAGAGUCACCGAACGAGGGCGUGAGCACCAGAGUUGACGUUUCUGUUAACGGCGUCAGCACAGAGGACGGCAACAGCGCAGCAUAUCACGACGUUGAAGAUGAGUAUGAAGAAAUUUUACGAAUUGGAAAUGACGCUGCUCUUGAGUGUGACAUGUCCAGUGAAGAGGAUACGGAUUACGCAGCGAUGGUGAGAAGAGGCAUCGGAGUAGACCAAGAAGAAGUAAUGAGCACUCGAGCAGAAGUAGGACAUGAUCACACACACAGAAGUGGGGUAGAAGAUAUAUAUGAAGAUUUGUCCAGCAGUGAAAGCGGGGGGGAGUAUGAUUAUGUUUGUAGCAGAAAUGAGCAGGGGCACAAUGACCUUGUGUGUGGAAUGUUUGAUGUGUCCGUUGACAGUUCGAUCAUGAGCCAUGUGUGUGUGGCGAGUGAAGACGACGUGGCGAGAGAUGACUUUGAGGAGGAAUCUGUACAAGACAGCCCUUUCAACGCUGAUGCUGCUUCUAACGACACCCCUGUCGGCUCCCCUACUGAUUCUAACUACACUGCUCUCAACGCUGGUGCUGCUUCUAACGACACUCCUGUCGACUCCCCUACUGAUUCUAACUACACUGCGCUCAACGCUGGUGCUGCUUCUAAUGACUCUCCGGUUAGCUCCCCUACUGAUUCUAACUACACUGCCCCUACUGAUUCUAACUACACUGCGCUCAACGCUGGUGCUGCUUCUAAUGACUCUCCGGUUAGCUCCCCUACUGAUUCUAACUACACUGUUCUCAACGCUGGUCCUGCUUCUAAUGACUCGCCUAUCAACUCCGCUACUGAUACGAACGACAGUCCUGUCAGCUCCGGUAUUGAUUCUAACGACAGUCCUAUCAGCUCCGAAACUGCUUCUAAUGAUAGCCCCGUCAACUUCGACGCUGAUGCUGAUCUUAACAUGAUGAGAGGUGGCCGUGUGCAGAAUUACAAUGGAGAAUACAGAAGUGGAGACAACUCGUAUAGGGAAAGAGACUAUGGUGUACAUUUUGAAAUCCCGCAUGACACAGAGGAUGUUACUGUUAUGAACGGCUUGCAUGGGGUUAACCACGCGAACAAUAUGAACAGCAUGAACAACGCGAACGUAGACUUCAACCUGUCUGACAGUAGCAACGUAUGCAACACAUGCUUUGUGAACAGCCCCAGUUCUAUGUACAACUCAGACUGCACCAAUAGCACCAGCUUCACCAACCAUAUGAGUUAUUCAGGAGGUACCAGCUUAACACAGGGUAGUGUGUCUGAUGUUAGCACGACUGAUGUGAACCGCGAGAUAGGAAUGAACAGUCCUGCGCAGCAGGCACAACUCAACCAUGUUAACUCCACUAAUGAUGGUACCCCAUUUAGCGGCCGUAACGACGUGAGCCCCUUUGGCGGGAUGCACAGCAUGAACCAGUUUAGCGGCCGUAACGACAUGAGCCCCUUUGGCGGCAUGCACAGCAUGAAUCAGUUUAACGGCCGUAACGACAUGAGCCCCUUUGGUGGGAUGAACAGCAUGAACCAGUUUAGCGGUCGUAAUGAAGUAAGCCCCCGUGGAGACAUGAACAGCAUGAAUCAGUUUAGCGUCCGUAAUGAAGUAAGCCCCAGUGGAGACAUGAACAGCAUGAAUCAGUUUAGCGGCCGUAACGACGUAAGUCCCUUUGGCGGGAUGAACAGCAUGAAUCAGUUUAGCGGCCGUAAUGAAGUAAGCCCCAGUGGAGACAUGAACAGCAUGAAUCAGUUUAGCGGCCGUAACGACGUAAGUCCCUUUGGCGGGAUGAACAUCAUGAACCAUGUUAACAGCCUGAACAAACACAACCACGUUAGCGACCUGUACGGCGUGAACCUUUUUGGCUGCCCCAACGACACGAAUUCCAUGGUCGGGUUGAUCAACAUAAACUCCAUCAACUGCAUGCAUUGUGUCCUCCUCAGAAAUUGUUUUAAUUCUAUGCAGUGCAUGCAGUGCACGAGCUGCAUGUCUAGGGUAUUUUGCGGCAGGUGUUCGAACAACCCCAAUUAUAUGAAGAGCCCCCACUGCAUGGGCAGAACCAACUGCACCGGGGGCACCAACUUCCCCAACAGCAUGAACGACAUGAACGGUGUGAACGGAAUGCAAAAUGUAAAUGGAAUGCACGGAGCGAACUUCACGGGCGGUAUGGACGAGGCCCAAAGAAUGAGAGACAUAAUUGAAUCCCAGUAUAUGAACCACAUGAACGAAGCGCCGCGCAUGGAUGUAACGUGUCCUGCGGGGGGAGUGAACCCAGUGAACAACCAGAACGGAGUGAGCAACCCGAACGUUGUGAACAACCAGAACGGCGUGAGCAACCCGAACGGCGUAAGCAACCAGAACGGCGUAAGCAACCAGAACAUUGUGAGCAACCCGAACGGCGUGAACAACCCGAACAUUGUGAGCAACCAUAAUAAAUUGAAUCACGUGAACGGUAUGGACAACAUAAACACCACGGACAAUGGGAUGUGUGUCACAUGCCAUCACGGCCCAAACAGCACGAUCAACAGCACGGUCAACAGCGUAGGAUCGAACAGCAUGACCGAUGGAAGCAGAAUGGCCACAGCUAACAUCGGAAUGGACACCGUUAACAGUACAAACGGACAGAACAGCCCGAACGGUGGAAGCGGAUCGAACAGACUUUACUGCGCAAACUGUAGGUGCAUGCUGAACCAAGGGGACACUUCGAAUGGAGGAAGUCAAAAUGAGCCAUGUGUAUACAACGGACUGUACCUUUGCCACAAUUGCAGAAAUAACAUGUGCCGCUCCUCUAAUUAG